AUGAGUAAAAAUAAAAAAUCUAUUAUUACAUCAUUUACUACAAAACUACAAGAAAAGGUAAAGGAAGAAAAGAAAAGCAAUAACAAGAUAAACAAUGAUGUUAUGAAAUUAAUAAAUAAAGAAUUAAUAAUUGAUUAUUCUACUAAUCAAAAGGUAAAUGCUAAAUUAUUGUUAAACAAAUAUUUGAAUGUUAUUAAUUAUUUAAUGAAAGAAAAUAUAAAUUUAAAAAAAAAAAUUGAAAAUUUAAAAGUGGGCUGUAUUCAAAAAAAUGAUAUUAUAGUUCAUUAUGAAAAAGAGUUAAAAGAAAAAAAUGAAAUUAUUAUUAAAUUGAAAAAAAAUAUAUCACCUGAUAUGUUACAAGAAUGUGAUAACACAUAUGAUCAUAAGAAUUAUCACGUGGAACAUAAUGAUAUCAGUUCUGAUCAUAUACAAACAAGUAAAUAUAUAUUAUCAACAAAAGGAGAUAGAGACUAUAACAUAAGUAAUAAUAAAAAUACUCCAUAUAAUAUAAAUCAUUCCCUAUUUAAUAAAAAGGAUGAAGAAACUAAUAAUGAUGAUAACAUAUUUUUAAAUUAUGGUUAUAAUGAAAACAUAAAUUAUCAAACUAAUACAUUUCAUAAUAAAUAUAUACAACAUAAUGAUCAGCAUCAUAAGAAAAAUGUUUGUAUGGUAAAAGAUAAUAUCGCACCUAAAAAUGAAUCAUCAUUUAAUCAAAUUGUCAACCGUAUUAGUAGUAAUGAUUAUAAAAAAUAUUCGAGCAAUAAAAAUAUUAAUAUUGGAAUGAAUCAUGAAUAUAUAUAUAAUAAUAAUUAUAAUAUAAGUAAAUCCAAUGUAUCAAAUAGUUGCAAAAAAAAUAACAGUAAGGAAAAUAUAAAUUUCAUAAGAAACGAUUCACAAUAUUUUUUAUAUAAAAAUGAUAAUUUAUCUAAUGAUGAUAAAUAUAUUGAUGAAUUGGAUAAUCUAAUAAACAAUUCAAAAAGUGUACAUAAUAUGAUAACACCAGAGCAUUUAAAUAAGUGCGAUAUACAAUGUAACAAUAAAGAUGAAGAAAAUAUUAUUAUUUAUGAUUAUUCUAAGGAGACCACUAUUUCAUCAAGUGAUGGGGAACAAGAAAAUGAUAUUUCUCAAAAUUGUGAUACGCAAGAUCCAAAAUAUAAAACGAAUAAUGAUUAUACAAUAAAAACAACACAAAUAAUUAAUAAUAAAAUAAAUGAUAAUAACAAUAAUAAUGAUAUUUAUAAUGGAAUGCAUAAAAGUAAAGACCAUAUUAAUAAAAUCAGUUUUAUGGAAGUUGAUAAACGUAUCAUAAAUAAAAAAAAUGAUAAUGAUGUAAAAACAAUUACUCAUGAACAUGAUAUAAUAAAAGAUGACAAAACAUAUGAUACAUCAUCAGAAAAAAAUAUUAAAUUAUUAGAAAAAAGUACGGAAAAUGAAGAAGACGAUGAUAAUUAUGAAGAUCUGGAAAAUAUUAUGUCUACAAUAUUAAAGCUUCGAAAAAAUGCAUAA